AUGAAUCCAUAUCACCGUCAUCAUCUCGCGAAUUCCGCACUCAAUCCUACUCAUAGUUAUCUCAUUGAUGACAGAAGCAAAUCAGUAACUUCAUCCAAUAACAAAGAUGAUUUUCCUUUGAGUGAUAGUAGCGAUGAGACAAAAAAUUCUACUAUGGAAAUACUUGAUAAUCUAAUUGAACAGUUGCCAAAAAGUUCAUCAAUUAUCGCGAAAAAGAAUCAAAUGUGCAGUGUGAACGGAUUGAGCGAUGAUCAGCCACAUAUCGAUGUAAUAAAAUUUGAUACAAAUAUGCUUCAACAAUCUUCAAUUGAGGCAGAAUAUGAUCCGAAUGUACAAAGUGAAUUAGGCUUCUGCGGUUGGAUAUUAACGAUACUAUCAUAUAUAUUGAUCUUUCUCACAUUGCCGAUUUCAGUAUGCAUGUGUGUCAAAGUUGUGCAAGAAUAUGAAAGAGUUGUGAUAUUUCGAUUAGGCCGCUUAAUGCCUGGUGGUGCAAAAGGCCCCGGCAUAUUUUUUAUUGUACCAUGCAUAGAUACAUAUCGCAAAGUGGAUCUACGUGUGAUCUCAUUCGAAGUGCCUCCUCAAGAGAUAACGCUUGAUGAAGCAACAGAACCUUGGGGAGUGAAAGUAGAGAGAGUAGAAGUAAAGGAUGUCCGACUUCCAGUUCAACUUCAACGUGCCAUGGCUGCAGAAGCUGAAGCUGCACGUGGAGCGCGAGCUAAGGUGAUCGCUGCAGAAGGUGAACAGAAAGCGUCACAAGCUCUUAAAGAAGCUGCUGAAGUAAUCGCUGAAUCACCGUCUGCUCUACAAUUACGAUAUUUGCAAACUUUAAAUUCAAUAAGCGCGGAGAAAAAUUCGACAAUAAUCUUUCCAUUUCCCAUCGAUUUGUUAUCAUCGCUUGUUCAUCGUGCUGCUCCCAAGAUGUAA